UGUGUGUGUGUGUGUUAUUAGGGAGCAAUAGAUUAUUGCUGUGCAAAUGUGUCUACUGUAAAUUAAAUAAAAUAGAAUUGCGUUACAAUUUGUUAUUUUCGUUGUAUCCGAGAAAUACAGCUCGAAUACUCAUUUUCAAUAAUGUCACAUCGCUUCCUUGAUUGGUCACCACCCCGAAGUGAUGUUUCAAGACCUUCUCCUAUUGGCCAUUUGUAAAAACGGCGCUCGAUGGCCGACCAACAAGCUUGACUGUGAUUGGCUAAACCGGGUGUCUGUUUGGGUUUAGAAAAAAAAAACCCGCACCACUCUGCUGUAGCUGUCGGCCGCUGUCCGGCGUGUCUCGUUUACUGUGUGGACGUAAACGUUGUCCGCCGUGAUCCAAUUUGACCUUUCUGAGGAUCAAGAGAGAGAGAGAGAGACUGGCCAUGUUGACACUCCCCUCCAACUCGCUCACCCACCUUGUUUUCCCCAUGGAUGGUGAUGCAAUUUCCCCCGACCCCUUUUGUAGUGCACCCCCCCACAAUGAGCCUUCACCACCACCACCACCACCAUCACCUCCUCCUCCUCUCCUCCCCCUUCCUUCCAUCACUCCCAGAGCGAGCGAUGGAACGUCAGACCGCAGGAGGAGCGGUCGCAUACAAGCAAUCAAAGCUCAGGCCGCUCAGGUGGAAGAGAUUGUGGAGACGCCGUCCACGUGCAAUCCGUCCUCGUUCAAGAGACACGCCAACGAUAUGGUGCAACUGUCUCAGUCCAAGCAGCCAAGAGUUGAAAGCACAUUUGAAGAAGAGAAGCAGCAGCAAGAUGGCUGUGAUUUUAACACCGCAGCCGAGUUCCAAAAUACGGAAAAGGACUUUGCAGAGGACCAAGGCGAGGGUCCGCUGGAGAGUUUGGAUCGGACGACAGCAUGCCAGGCGCUGAGCCGUGCCGCGGAUGUGAGUGGCUCUGCCCCCGCUGGGUGGCUGAUGGGCCCCCUGUUCCAGUCCUUGAAGUCCAAGAUGGCCAGCUUCACGGAAAUAGUGAUGAGUCCCGUGAAGCUCUUUCAGGAUAAAAACCUUUCGACUCCUGAAGUUCAACCGGACAAGACCGGCAAGUCUUCGGAAGCUCACCGCGAGCCACCGGAAACUGGCUCGCGGGAAGCAAAGGAGAGCUCGUUCACGUUGGUGCUACAACCUGGAAGUGACUCUUGCCAUUCUCGGAGACUGUUUAGCACGUCGCCUGACGAAAUACAAGUGCCUUUUCCAGCAAACCAGGAGCUCCCACUCCUACAGGAACCCACCGUAAAGACAGCCGACAUUAUUGAGAAGGCCAAAGUGUCAACGCGGCUGAAAACCCGCCCAAGAAACCUCAAUGUGGAAAAAAGUCCGCCCUUGUAUUCCUGCCACGUCCAGCUGGAUCAUCUUCACUACGUCUCUGCCGAUGUCAGCCGUCAUGAAACGAACCACGUGGACGGCACUCGCCAUGAAACGAACUCGGGUUUCGUGCGCUCCAAAAGGACGCUCAGCACUAGAGUCCGAACGGAGAGGAAAAGACUGAAGUCGGAAACUAAAAAUGGAGCCGAACCCCCGCCACUCAAACAGAAAGUGCCAUCCGCACUUUCGGACGGCCACGAAGCGCUCAAACGUGCCGCCAAGUGCCGCAACGUCAAGCGGAAAUUGCUCAGAGACGAGCACGAUGACGCCAGCGGGAAGACAGUGAAGUGCAAGUCGGUGGAGCCGACGGAGCCGCCCUCUUCUGUCCACCUGCCGGCGCCCGCCGAGCUGGCAGCUCGAAGCGAGGGUGCCCCCAACGUGGGACGGGGAAGACCAAUAAAGAGACCCGCAAAGGCUCCCCGAGGUGAGCUACAAGCGCAAACCGAAAAGCCUCAAGCUCAAAUGUCCACAGAACCGUUUUACUUUGAAAUGACUCCUUUUGAAGGGAAGCCAUUAGAAUGUAGCAACCCAAAUCGAGGCGGCGAUCAGGAUGCCACUGCUUCCAGGUUACGCAACGUAAAAGUUAACGGGAAGCAGCCCCGAGGGGAUCCCCGGUCCAGGAAGUCUCGCUUCAGUCGAACCCACGCGCACAACGCGACGCCCUCGGCCACCGCGAAGGACCUCCCGACGCCUACCACCCAAAGCGGGUUGGCCGGCCACCUGUUGCGCAGAUACUCGUGCCCGGAUAUCCCUUCGCUUUUUGCCUCGCUUCCUCGCCAGCCGCCGCUCACUUUGGUCCCGGCGCACGACCCGGCGGGCUCGCGACGCACCCGCCGCCACACGGUGAGCUGCGGGGAGGUGGAGCGAGAGAUCGCUCCGCUGUGCCUGCGCAAGGAAGUGUACCCGUCCAGGCGCUCCUUCCCCUGCGACGGGCAGAACCUGCCGCCCGCCCUCCUGCCCAGCUGGUCACUGUCGGCGCUGGCGUCCCGCUUCCUGUACAGCCCCCUGGCCUUCCUGUCGGGGGGAGGCGAAGGCAAAGAGGUGACCGCCGGCAUCACAGCGUCAAGCCAAGCUGCCUCUGUGUCUGCUUCUUCGCCGAAAACAGACUCCUUACUUGGCGCCUUUGAGGCCUGCGCCAGCGUCAGUGCGUUGGCCGGUGGAAGUGACAACAGGACGCCCGGCAAGGCGGAAGAGGACGAGGACACGGAGUCCUCCGGUCACAAGUUGGAUGAAGCCACGGUGGCACAAAGAGAAGAAAAAUCUCUGUCCGACUCUGAGCUCAAGGAGGCACCGAAACAGGAGAAUCCCGGCAAGGUGUCAUCCAUCCGCAUCCGCAGGGCGCUGCCCAAACCUCAGAACAACCUCACGCCCAUGGGCCUCCCCAAAGCCAUCAGGCUGAAGAAAAAGCAGUUCAGCUUGGAGGAAAUUUACACCAAUAAAAACUUUAGCAAACCCCCUGAAAGCCGGCUAGAGACCGUCUUCGAGGUGCCGCUCAGCCGCCGCGACGGCUCCGAGUCCCGCUUCGGCCAGCGCCGCCUCAAGCGCUUCGUGGAGUUCCACGAGGUGGGCGAGGCCCGGAAGCCCAAGAAGGUAGCGGCGGGCGGCAGCAAGGCAGGCGCAGCGUCAUCCCGCACAAGACGGGGGGGCUUCGCCAGGGAUGACGCCGGCCCGUCCCUCCUGCCGCCGCCCGACGCCGACUCGCUUCUGUGCGCCAAGCUGAAGCAGCUCGACUUGUGGCUUAUCGGCGACCAGUUGGAUGCCGCGUCUUGACUUUGUCGGGUUCCCCGAACGCGACGCCGUAGCACUCAAGUUGCUAUGGUUACAAGAGGACGACAGUUAUGGCAGCUCUUAUUUAUUACGGUGCAACUUUAGUCUCGUGUUGCUGUUGUUCGUUUGUGCGUGCGUUGUUUUUGUUGCCCCCCCUGAACGAGGCAGCCUUAAACCCAUCCUUGCUGUUUCUUUUGUAUACAAGAGUCCAAGUUUGUUUUUUUUUU